AUGGCAUUAUUACUAGCAUUAAUUGUUAUUAUUCUACUUCUCAUGGUUCUUAAGCAAGUUCGACCAUUUCUUAUGCGACAUUCACGAUUACAGAAAGAUUAUCGAAACAUUACACUUCUUCCACUUUCACCGAUCCCAUUUAUUGGAAACGCACAUCAGUUCGACAAAAAAUCUUAUGUGUUUUAUGGCCUAAUUCGUCGAUUAUCCACAGAAUGCCAAAAUCAAGGAAAGGGCGUAUUCUGCCUCUGGAGUACAGUAUGGCCAAUGGUUUUCUUAUGUUCAGCAGAAGACCUUAAAACAUUCAUUAAUAAUACUAAGCAACUCAGCAAGUCACUCGAGUAUACUUUUCUCGAACCUUGGCUUAAAACUGGUUUGCUCACUAGUAAAAAUGAGAAAUGGCGUAGUCAUCGACGUAUUAUCACUCCUUCAUUUCAUGAUACUGAAUUAUUGAACAAUUAUAUGCGCAUCUUCAAUGAACAAGCAUGUAUUCUCGCUCAUCGUUUUGACGGAUUUUCUAGCCAAUCCAAUAAAACACAUGAUCUUUAUCCCCACAUCUCUGCUUGUACACUAGAUAUCAUUGCUGAAGCGGCAACAGGCAUAAAUCCGCGAGCACAGUCAGACGACGAGACAAAUGAAUUUGUUGCGGCUACCGUUCGAUUCACUGAAAUAUUAAGCUUACGUUUACGGUCUCCAUCGAUGUGGUUUCCAUUUAUCUUUGAUCGAUCAUCGGUUGGACGCGAGCAGAAGAGAGUGCUCAAAGUGCUUCAUGAAUUUUCUCGAAAAAUAAUUGCAGAACGACUCGCCACAUUUGAAGUACAACGAAUCACAAAUGUCGAUGAUAAGACGAAUAAACGGCAUCUGACAUUUCUCGACAGUCUCCUUACUCAAAUGCAUGCAGAAAAGCUUACAUUGGACGAUAUUCAAGAAGAAGUUGAUACCUUUAUGUUCGCAGGUCAUGAUACAACAGCUGCUGCUAUUCAUUUUUUCUGUUAUUUGAUGGGAUGUUACCCGGACGUACAAGCAAAAGUUCAUGCCGAAAUGGAUGCUAUCUUUGGAGAUGAUCGGACACGACCAUGCACAAUGGAAGAUAUUCCACAAAUGACAUAUCUUGAUUGUGUAAUAAAAGAAUCGCUGCGAAUUCUUCCUCCAGUUCCACUCAUUGGACGAGAAGUACAAGAAGAUUUUAUAUAUCGUAAGUUAAAAAAAUAUUCAAUAUCUUGA